UGUGUUGACCAUCUAUUUACUAUUGUUUUUGAAGUGUUUUGGUGUUUUUUCAGGUUGGUCGUAUAUUAUCAUCUUGUUUACCUAUUCGUUAUUAUUUCUUAGAUUCAGUAGACAAGGCUUAUCAAGGGCAAUUAGGCAACAAAUAAACGUUACUUGUCAAUUACAAGUUGAAAGCAGCUGGUAAUUCAGUAAAAUACAUGAAAAAAUUAAGAAUUCUUAUUUUUCUUUUUUUCUUUGAUAUUUUUAACAAGUGCAAAGUUUUGGGUGCUGAAACAAACGAACCAGUGUGGAGCAAUGUGUGUACAACUACUGAAUGCCAAAAUUUUGUUGAGCUAAACACACACGAGCGUCAGCGCGCUCUGUGUUCAAGACAUCUCCCAGCAUCUACUCUCUUAUUUUGAGAAUACUGCGACCCGACAGAGAGACGAACGGCGCGCGAAACUUUUGGAACAACAGCAGACCCAGAAUUCAGUAAGACGGUUGCGUUAUUUUCGGGAGAUGCGCCGGUUCAUACACGCGCGGGGCGGUAAUUACACGCAAAAUGCAGUGAUCUCGAAAGAUGAGGGUUUUGUCAACAGAGAUAGUUUUAUAGAAGAAAAAGUGAAGAACCAACUUAAAAUUAACAUUGAAGAGGAUAUUCAGAAAAAUGAACCAAGAUCCAUCACAUUAGCGAAAAACUUGUAGAAUGCUUGCAUGAACACAUGUCGACCAACCACUCCUCGGUAUUAUUCGCGAAUAUUUAAUAGAAGGGUUCAGUAACAAGAUUGUCAAUGCGUACUACAAUUUUACGGUUGAAAUUGCUGUUCUUUGCGGUGCAACCCUAUCUAGAGCCGAAAAGGAAUUAAAGGAAUCUCUCGAAUUUUAAAUUAAACUUGCCAAAAUCGACUCGAUGAACGAAGGAACAAAGAGAGGUGCUUUGGAUGAGCUUGCAUUGAUGAAAAAUUUAAUUGGUUAUCCCAAACAUGUCUAUUUUCUGGUCGCAACAUUAUCACAAUCUAUUAAGGCAAUCUGUGAACAAAGCUGAUUGGACAGCCCACAGUGAUACUUUUGUUUUGAAUGGUGUCAGUACUCAACAAGAAAACAUUGCAGAUAAUGGAGGCAUGAGCUUAUCGUACAUAGCCUAUCAAGAUUGGGUGAAACGAAACUUACCCGAGCCCACUUUGCCUGGGUUAAACUAUUCCUCAACACCACUUUUUUGGAUCAGUGCAGCCAGCACGUUUUGCGAAAAAGAAACACCAGAGUUUAUGAGAAACUUAAUUGCAACCGACUCUCAUAGCAUUCCAGAAUUUAGAGUUAUAGGGCCAAAUUCUAACAGACCGGAAUUCGCAGAAGACUUUAAUUGUCUCCCAGGUUCAGCAAUUACUCCUGAUGAGAAGUGUUUGUUAUGGUAAAUCCAUUCUCGAAAAUUUAAUUAUUAUUCGAAAUAUUAAUAUAUUGAAAAUUAUUCCAUUCAUGCCCAGUAUAAAUGCGUUUCCAAAU